GAGUCCCCCUUUCUAUAUAACCACCUUUCCAUUAGUCCUCCUUCACUCAAGGCAAUACCCUUAGUUUCCAAAACAAACUUAAGUAUGGGCAAUAGCCUUAGAUGUUGCCUGGCUUGCAUUCUCCCUUGUGGUGCACUAGAUGUCAUUAGGAUUGUCCAUUUGAAUGGUCAUGUUGAUGAGUAUAGUCGCCAAGUUUGGGCUAGUGAGAUCCUUGAUGCUCAUCCUAACCAUGUUCUUAGCAAGCCUAGUUCUCAUGGUGAGCAUGUUGUGCAUCGGAUCAUGAUCGUCUCUCCCGAGUCUGAGCUCAAGCGUGGUCAUAUUUAUUUUCUAAUUCCUUCAUCUUCUGUGCCAGAGAAGAAAAAAUUGAAGAAAAAGAAUAUUAAACAUAAAGAAUCACCGGUGACUAAAGUUACUGAUCAGAAGGAGUUUCGACAAAGGAAAAAUAAACAUUCCGGUGGAAAUGGUAUGUGGCGACCACAUCUUGAAAGCAUCUAUGAAGAUCUAUGAGAUCUAUUUUUAUUUUUAUUUUUAUUUUUAUUUUUAUUUUUGAGGCCUUAUAUUUUUUGCAAAUCUUUAUGUAUGUGAUGGUUUGUAGUUGGCCCUUUUCUUAAUUUUAAUUUUUCUUGUUUGUGGAUAUUAUUGGGGAAAUACUUUGUUUCUAGUUUUUUUUUUCCUCCCACUUACAUGGAAGUGAGUGGAAGUUGUGUCACUUUCGCGACUUACGAAGAUGGUUUCAUUGGGAAGUGAGGCACCAACCGACGAGCGGAAAGUGGAAAAUGAAGAAGAAAAAGGAAGAUGAGUUACAAGCUUGUAAUCAUAAGCAGUUGCACCUGUAGCCAAUGGCAAGCCAAGUUGUGUAAAAAGUAAUAAAAGAGAGGCUUUGUUAAAGCUUUAAUCA